UAAUCAAUCCCCAAAUCUUAUUGUCAAUCAUCGAUUAUGUAAGGGCUAGAUAAAUGUGUAGGGCAGAGAAUGUGCGCUGUUCCUCUGCUGGAGAUGAUGGGGGCGAGUGAAUCUCAAGCCAAAAUGCUUCAGCAGCAGGAUCAUCAGGUGGCGAGUCCCGAAGCACCGCCGUCCAUCAAUCUGCGCAUCAGUCAGAAGAGAUGCACCGACAAAGAUGGAAACUACAACUUCUUGGGUCCGAAUGAUGAUGAUAUAAUGAUGAUGGGGGAUGAGAAUCGAAACCAGGUGCGUCCCAGAGCUUUAGGCAGAGAUUUAUCCUCCAAUCACUACAACACCGGACCGUUUUCUCCACUAUCCCGCCUCCCAAGCUGGAGCCCUCUAGAGCCACUUCCAGAAAUCGAAAGUGGGGAUGACAUGGGCGGCCGAGUGCCUCCUGAUGGAGCUGAAGAGGGGAAGGUGGAUGAAGAGAUGUGCAGGCUGACGGAUGAUGAGAAAAACGAGUAUGAAGACAGUCAGAAAGCUGAAGAUCUCCUAGAUGAUGAGGAUGAUGAUGAGGAUGAUGAUGUUAUUGAUUGGGGAAACAGCGAUGAUGAAGAUUUUGAGUUCAGCUAUAAGUCUGAGAGCUCCAGCAUGGACAGUGCAGGAGCCAAAACCUCCAUCUGGGAGCAGGUCUGUGUGUCGGAAAGCACUGAGAAGAGAUCCAAACUCAAAGCAGCGGGCCGCCGGGAGAGCGUGGAGGGGAUGGACGGCGCCGGCUCGUCGGAUUCGGAUUGUGAGCCAUGCACGGAGCUGCCGGAGCUGAUGGAGGCGGUGUGGACGCUGCAGGACCGGGAGAAGUUCAAGGCGCAGGAGAUGGAGAAGCAUCAGGUGCAGCUGAGCAUGUACCGGCGGCUGGCGCUGAUCCGCUGGCUGAGGACGCUGCAGGGCCGAGUGCAGGAGCAGCAGAACCGCCUGCAGAACAGCUUCGACAUCAUCCUCACACACAGGAAAGAGCUGCUGCGCAUGGGGGCGGCCAAUACUGCUGCUGCAGCCACUGCUGCACAAUAACACACACACAGACGCACACAUGCACAGAUACACACACAUACACACAGACACUCGCACACAGGAAAGAGCUGCUGAGCAUGAGAGCGGCCACUGCACAAUAACACACACACACACACACGAUCACUUACACACUCAAACACACAGACAGACGCACACACACAGUCACUCACUCACACCGAGACACGCACUCAGACACACACACACUCACAGAGACACACACAAAGUCAGUCGUUCACACACAGACACACUCAUAUAGACAGACACACACACACACACAUCUAUGCGCAAACUUACACACACACAUAGAAGCACACUCACACAGAGAAAAGAGAUGCUGUGCAUGGGUGCUGUCAAUGCUGCACAAUAAAACGCGCAUGCACACACACACACACACACACACUGAGAAAGUCAUAAGAUCGGCUGAUGACUAUCGUCAUGUGAAAAGUCAUCUUUGUGCAUCUCCUUCCCAAAAUCAUCUCCUAGAUUUAGCUUUAGUUUAAUCAUUAUCAGAAUAAACAAGUCCUGCAAAGAGUCCUCUUAAAGGGACAGUUCACCAAUAAAUCAUCAAUUACUGUCCCUCAAGUGAGUAAAUGAUGACACAGGGUUCAUUUCUGCAUAGAAAAUGUAAAUUCUGUCAUCCUUUACUCAUCCUCACGUGUUUAUAAACGUUUAUACACAUCGUUCCUCUGUUGAACACAAAAGGAGAUGUUUUGAAGAAUGUUAGAAACCUGUAACCAUUGACUUCUAUAGUAGUAAAAACAAAUACUAUGGAAGUCAAUGGUUACAGGUUUCUAGAAGAACAGAAUAAAGAAGCUCAAACAGGAUUAUGACAAGUGAAGGAUGAGGAAAGUAGGACAGAAUAUUCAUUUGAGGGUGAACUAUUCAUUUAAGGGGUCAGUUCACACUAAAAUCAUUAUUUACUCAUCGUUUACUGUCCCUCAGGUGAGUAAAUGAUGGCAGAAUGUUUAUUUUUGGAUGUAAAAUGUACAAUUCUGUCACCUGAACUCAUCCUCAAGUGGUUAUAAAUCUUUAUACGCUUCUUGCCUCUGUUGAACACAAAAGGAGAUGUUUUGAAGAAUGUUAGAAACCUGUAACCAUUGACUUCUAUAGUAGUAAAAACAAAUACUAUGGAUGUCAAUGGUUACAGGUUUCCAGAAGAACAGAAUAAAGAAACUCAAACAGGAUUAUGACAAGUGAAGGAUGAGGAAAGUAGGACAGAAUAUUCAUUUGAGGGUGAACUAUUCAUUUAAAGGGCCAGUUCACCCUAAAAUUAAUGUUUUGUCAUAAUUUACUCAUCUUUUACUUGUACAAAUCUGAGUUUUUUCUUCUGUUGAACACAAACGAAGAUAAACUGAAGAGCGUUAGUAAAAUGGUAUUAUUUGGAUGUCUACGAGAACAUUCUUCAAAGUAUCUUCUUUUGUGUUUUAUUUGUGUUGUAGCCAUUGUAUUGUUUAUUGUCAGAUUUACACUAACAUUCUUCAAAGUAUCUUCUUUUGUAUUUGUGUUAGACAUUUUCAUGUUAUUGAGUAAACACACCUCUGACAUGAUAUAUCUUUAAACAAAUGUCAUAUAUAUGUUUUUGUGU